AUCGAUUUCCAAGAAUCAAACUUCGCUCGCUUUAAUUUCUUUGAAUGAUGACGACAUGGGAAUGUGAAAUUACAAGAAAAUAUAUUGCGAUGUAUACUGGAUUUCGAUUGUAAAAUUCUACACUUUUCUGGCUUCUUGAGUCUGUGUUUGUCAGCGAAGCAAUCAAGUCAUCACAAUAACAAUGGCCACGAAUAUACCAAGAUCAUUUUUUUUGGAAAUAAGUCCUGAAGAUUACUGCGAACUUCCCCAAGAUAUUCAAAAUCUUUUCAAUGAGGCCCAGUUCCUUUAUUACCGCCAGAGAAAUUUCAUCGGAACCAUCAAACGCUGUGAUUUKCUGCUGCAAAAUGCACAGCUGAAUGAACAUGGUCUCCUUAUUCUUAAGCUGAUGUUUCUAAUAUCGAAGUGCCACCUGGAAAUGGACGAAUUCAUCGCCGCAAAAUACUUUCUUGAUAAGACAUACCAGCUUAUUCUCWGCAUUUGCCCCGAGAGAAUCCACGAGCUUGAUCCGUUCCUUAUCGAAAUAGAAGAACGCCAAGGCAACAUUGUUGGAGCUAUUGUUUUAUCAAUAUUGUUUAAGAAACUCAAUUGCACGGAAACUGUACAMAAAUUAAACRAUCUCAAGGCAAAGCUUGAAUGCAGCAUGUCCGAGGAGGAUAUCAUCAAUAGAGUUUUUCAUCCUCUGUUUGAGACAGCCAAAGUAUACCUUAACGAUGGUGAACCUAGCUUAGCAGUAGCGAUAUUCGACGAACUCAUGCAAAUAUUAUCUACCUUGCAUUGCAAUGAAUCAUUCAAAAGUCGGUUGAUGAACCGAGUUAGACUGAAUCGUAAAGUGGCAAAAUCAAAGUCCUCACAUUUUCAAAAUAACGCAACGCAUUAUACUAGUCCCAGUACUUCAGAGGCAUCGUGGGAGGGCCUACCGCCACCGCCCGCACCGGAUAUCAAUGAUGAUCCUGAUGAUUUUGAACCACAAUCAAAUAUAUGUGUAGCGCAGGGUAGUUUUGUCCGAGGAGCACAUUUCCUGGACCAAUGGAUGUCUGGAAAUACGCAUACACAUGAUAAUAAGUCAUCUGAUGAAGGAGGAUUGUGUAAGGAGCGAGGUUCUAAAAGUGAGCAAGCACAAUCACUUCCUAAGACGGUUCAUGGAAACUCCGUACGGGAUGCCCGCAAUGUUUAUGAAAAUGAGGUGCAAGGAAAUACAAUUAAAAAACCAGGGACAAGUCAUUUUGCUACUUCACACUCCAAAGUUAAGACCGACCAUUGUGAUAUACAACGCCAAUCUUUGCCUCUUUCAGCAAAUGAGAUUCAAAAUAGUGCUAACAAUCAAACGAGGAGCUAUUYUUCUAUUUUAUCCGUAAAUGAAAAAAAGGAUGAAAAAUCGUCUCCAUCUUCGGAAAAUGAACGUAAUGAUGCUAGUAGAUCUGAUAUUUUUCAUUCUGGCACUUCACCAGUAAAUGUACAACCAGCGUUUUAUCCUGAAUUAGGAUCACAAAGUAUCCAUUCUAGCAAUGUUGUAAAGACUCCUGUUUUGAAGCCUUUAAUUCGCCGAGAAAGUCAAUCCGGACAAGACUCUAGAACUACCAGAAUAGAAGGAAUAGAAGGAAUAGGCAGCUCCAAGACUCAACCCAUGAUGCAUGCAUCAUCCUUGAAAUCAAUGUCACUUGAAAUCAAUGCCACUUCACAACGUCCCUGCAAUAUUGAAGCCGCGAUCAAGACUUCUAGAGAUGGAGAAAGGGGUACACGCUCUACUCAAUGUGACGGAUCRUUAGAAAUUCAGGCGGAUUUGCUUAGUCAGAACAAGUUCAUCGCACUUUCAGCAGAAAAAUCAUCAAGGGAAGAGGAAGACAACAGCGAAAGCUYUGAAGACGAUCAUUAUUCUGAAUUAAGUACUCAAAAUGAAAGCAUGAGCGAGGGUAACGCAGAAAGCAUGUCAGAAACGUCCGAGGUGCCGUCUACGAAUGAAACUCCAUUUUGUACUGUCACAAGAAAAAAGAGAACUAAACGCAAAGUGAGUUUACCCGAUGGAGUAGACGUCAUCUGUGAGCAUUUCCAAGCCAAGCCAUCGAAUCCAAGGAAAGUUUGUAAGGGCUGUGARUCUAGAUGCUUCUUUGCUUUUAUCAGCCAAGUGUCUAAUAGGUGGGAAAAGGUUCGACCGUAUCCGAACCACUUGWACAAAGUAAUUGAGCUUCACAACUGCUUUGGUUAUAUGCAAGGAAAGCCRUGUAACAGAGACUGUAGUCAUCCUCAUGGACCGGCCGAAAUGGAAGUCUGGAAUUUGGAACGCCAAGGAGGGCUUCCUUCUCCGGAAAGGUGUUUGAGGGACUUAGAUACAAGAGAAGCGUCAUCGAAAACCAGGAAAAAACGUCCCAGAAAAAAACGAAGAGAUGAGAAAAMAGCCGACGCCCCGCCCCAGCAGCUCUUAGAAAACUUGCCAGCAUCAGUUGUAUCGCGUGGUGCAUCUCAGAAAACACUCAAUCAACCCCAACCGUCCUCGCAGCAAAAACCUCCUCAAGCCCCAAAUAUUUGUUAUUUGCCUAAAGGUGUAUCGUUAGUGUGCCGUCACUUCAUGKCUCACUACGGACAAGUUCCAAUAGGARUCCCUCAAAGAAGAAACGUGUGCAAACGUUGUAACGCAUCUCAAGCAURUAAUGAUGUUAGAUAUGCGUUUUGGAGUGCAAAGUUCUCACGAUGGUUCUUGAUCCGAAGCCGUCCCACCAAUGUGCAACCUAACACAGCCUUCCAAAAUUGCAAACAAUUCAUACGAGGUGUCAAGUGUGGCAAAGAUCCUUGCACCUUUGGACAUGGACCUGAAACUAUGGUGUGGACCAUGGAGCGAGAAGGAGUUUUAGUUCCUCCCCCUAAAGCUUUUUAUUGUGACAUAAUGGACGAGUCUUUGGAAGGAAGAAGUAUGAUGCGACCUUUGCCACCAACAGUUGGAAAUUUCAAACUUUGUCAGAGCGUUCAAUCAAAGACUACCUGUCGUUAUGGUCGGUGCUGCCGAAACGCUCACAGUAAUGAAGAACUCAUUCAUUGGCAAGAAUUACAUAAAGAAAAAGUAAAUUCCAGACAACAGGAGGCUCACCUUCAUCAACAGCAGCAACAACAACCAAGGCAAAGUACUCAAGAUGUUGACGUACGAGGUCCACGGCAUGACCUUUACGAGGAUAUGCAUAUGAACAAAGAACAUGAACAGCUGAAGAAGAGAACGCAAACUAUGAAGAAAACGGAUAAUCUUCCUGGAGUGAUAAUUUGGAGUGAACCAAAGAAUCCUAACAUCACUCUUACUGAAACAGGAGACRCCCACCAGCAUCAAUGGACAUUCUGUAUUCGUUACAAGAUGGAGAACGAGUUGGGACUACCAAACGUUAUUCUAGGAGAGCGCCACAGUGGAUACUUCAGUAUAAAGUCUGUAUCAAUAGAUGAAGUCAUGUCAAAACAACCACGUACGAAACGCCUUAAAGAUAGAACACUGCAUUUCAUCCCUCCUAAAUUAGAUUGCCUUAAGGGUCGUGACGUCGAAAUGAAGGUUGUGGUUGAGUUUCSUUCAGGUGUGUUCGGCAGUUUUGCACAGAGCUUGCUCUUUGAUUUUGGUAAGGAUCCAUGUUUGAUCAAAGAGUUCAACAUCGACGUCCUCCUUCAAGGAAUGGAUGAAACUUUACGGCAAUUAACCUCAGUAAGAGAAGAAUUAUCCCAAGUUACCGACGAGAAUAAAAUCGACGAGAAUAAAAUCGUGCGAAUGGUGGAAAAUGAAGAGGAAAGCAAGUUAUUCGCCCGCUAUAGGUUACCGAAGRAUGUAGAGAGAAUUGUUUCAGCUCAAAUGGUAGACAAACAUGGUACAAUUACACCGGACCACUACGUGCAGGUGAUGCAUCAGUUGCUUUAUGCUGAAGAAGCUCACAUGAGGAGUCUUCUUUCYAGGUUGAUUCCAUCUGACGCAAAGAUCAAAGUCACAAAGUCUUAUUKGGAUGAGUCACGAGGGUUAACCACAGCAGUAAAUGGAGAUUUCUUUGGGACAAUCGAACUKCAGACAAAGAUUACUCCUGAUGAUAUGCCAGGAAGAAUUUGUACACGAAAAGUCAAUUCCGUGCUGAUUCAACCUCGUGUUGGCCAMAGUAACUUAUACGAAGCUCCCAUUGAAGUGCUAAAAGAUGACCGGGUCAUUGUAAGACUGUUUCCAAGACUUUGCCAGGAUUUGAAGAUUAAACAAGAAAGCCAGGAACUUGAUGYUAAUAUGUGGUUCAACCUAAACCGUACGAUUCUGUGUAGAAUGCAUAGAGCCUUAGAUAGUCUCACUGAAACUCACAAGCGACUAUUAUUUCCAGUAAGACAGACCAUAAUACGACAGAAGGAGAAUGUUCCACCAUGGCUGAUUKAUCUUGAUGGACGGUUAAAUGAAUAUCAAUUGCAAGUUAUAAAGUCCAUUACAGAAAUACAAUCACCGUCUGCACCUUUGGUUAUUUUCGGUCCAUUUGGAACAGGCAAGACGCUAACUCUCAAUCAAGCCAUUUUGCAUCUUGUCACAAAACAAAGCAACCGAAUUCUUGUUUGCACACAUACCAACUCCGCGGCGGACAUUCACGUCGAGUUGUUGGACGAGCACAUUAAGAAUUACAAAAUGGCAAGCGCCAAACCACUGCGCUUAUACGACCCUGACAGAAAAGUAGCAACAGUUUCACAAGUAACAAGGAAAUACUGUCUUAUUGAUAAUGACGCGUUUAUGCUACCAACUCGACAAGACAUCAACAGACACAAGGUGGUCAUCACCACUCUUAUAACCGCUGACCUGCUUACAAAWCUCGAUGUCCGUCAUGGUUUUUUCACUCAUAUUCUUAUCGAUGAGGCUGCGCAAGCCUGGGAAACAGAGGCAAUUAUACCCAUUUCAUUUGCCGGGCCUAAUACGAAAAUAGUGUUCACAGGAGAUCACCAGCAGAUGAGUCCAGAGGUAYACACCACGUUUGGUUCUCAAUACAGCCUUCGGACAUCACUACCCGAAAGACUGUUUCAUCAUUAUAACCAGGAAACAGACAUGGUUUUCCAGGAUAGUCAUCUUAUUUUSCUUWAUGUYAACUAUCGCAGUAAUAGCGAGAUUUUAAAAUUCCCWUCAGACAASUUCUAYGGUGGGAMWAUAGUUGCUAUGGGUGACGAGGGAAGUCCRCCCCACCCUGACUUUGGGYSUUUGAGGUUUUUUACGUCACGUGGUAGAGAUCUUAAGCAGCAUGACAAUACRUACCUAAAUGCCGCUGAAGUCUCGGAAGUGGUGAAAAGAGUURAUGAACUAGUUCAGUCAUGGCCGGAGUGUUGGGGCACCAAGAACUUGAAAGAGGUAGCUGUUCUUGCUCCGUACAGAUACCAGGUCCAAGCAAUUCGGGGAGAAUUGAGGAAAAAAGGCUUGAGAAAAGUUACAGUAGACACAAUUCAUAACGUACAAGGAAUGGAAUUCCGAGCGUUGUUUAUAAGCACAGUCCGUACACGUGAAUCUGUUAAAGAUCUCGAAGAAUCUCCCAAGAACUUGUCACUGGAGUUCCUGUCUGACCCAAAGCUACUUGUUACGGCAAUUACUCGAGCWAAGUCUUUUGUUGCUGUAGUGGGAGAUCCGGUGUCUCUUUGCACACUAGGGGAGUGUCAACUGCUUUGGUUAGAUUUCAUUCUAAGAUGCAGCAAUUUAGGUGCGUUUCUUGGAAUGGAACUGAACGAACUGUUACGUGAGAUAGACGCCUGCACUGCGAUUUCCAAUAAUCUUAAUCCAGACGCUGCACCCUUCGUUCCAAGAAAUACUUCAGUGACUGAAACSUCUUCCCAAGAGCCAUCCAUAGGCGAAGAAAAGGAACAAGAAUCUGAGGGAAGUUGUGAUCGAUCCUCAACGUGUUCUGAUGCUGAUGAUGAAUUUGAAGAAGAAAACCCAUUUGAAGAACUGAAGCUGAAGGUUUAUGAUCCUCCUAGACACUUCGAUAAGAUAGUUGAAGCUUUUAUCAAUAAGGCAAAGGUAUCAAAAGAUGAAGAUUCUUCCUCAUCAUCUCCUUCUGAAGGAGUGUUACAUGACCAAUAUGCUGUUGAUGAGCCAGCAGAGACAUCUGAAACAGAGAAUAAACCCAACUAUCAAGGUCUGAAAUCAAGUGAUUACGAAAUGAAACGAAUCAAUGGUCGUGAGGAAAUUCGACUGAUUGCGUUAUAUCCUCAGAUGCCAGUACGCUCACAACAUACCUAUGACUAUACUAACAAUUUCAACCAAGACCAUCUUUCACCAGAGGUGCUGAAGCAAAUGAUAGACCGAGAACCACAAAGGUAUUUAGUGGGGCAGUUGCGUGUUAGCUUUGAGUCAAAGACGUCCUACAUAGAAUUUCCAGACAAAAAUAUGCCCGACAUCAAGAUUACAGGAGACGUGAGGCAAGCUUUUGAUCAGGAUACAGUGGUCCUGGACAUAACGAAGGUACAUCCUGAUGUAAAGGAUGCRCUUGAAAACGAAAAUCUUGAUCGGAAUGUCGGAAUGAACAAGAGCAGUAAAUGUGACUGUGUUGUAGGGAUACUGAAUAACUUGAUCAACCCACGAGAGAGACAGUACGUUUGUAAAUUUGAUGAAAACAAUCAUAAUCUAAUGGUUCCGAUAAACAAGUCCGUCCCCAAAAUUGUAAAUCUAUCAGAUAGAUCAUCCUUUAAGAUACCAGUCUACAAGUACGUGACAAAUAACAAGAAGCGGCCCUAUAAAGUACAGAGAAUGGUCCUUCCGAGAGAUGCAAAACGAAAUAAGUUCCUGUUUCUUGUUAAGUUUUUGCAGUGGAGAAGCGACUGCCAUCUACCUCUUGGAAUUGUUUUAAGAACCAUUUCACAAGGCGAAGUUGUGAAGGACAGCGCAAGAAUAGUCGAUGCUGAGCAUGGAGUUAGAAGGGCGYGCGGAAACGAAGUUACCAAGGAGACAAAAAAGCAUUUUCCUGAAAAUUUGAAAAUUCCUCCACAAGAAAGGCGGAUUCGGGAAAGAGUUAAGAAUGCAUUCACGAUAGAUCAAGAAGAAUCCAAAGAUCUUGAUGAUGCUGUGUCAGUUGAUUGGUUAGAAAAGGGAUUCUACAAAAUAGGAGUUCAUAUUGCAGAUGUUAGCUACUUUGUGAAGCCUGGAAGUAAAAUUGAUGAAGAUGCCCGAAAAAGAGGGACUACCUAUUACCCAGGUAUUCCCGACUUUGAAAAUGUCCCAAUGCUUCCACGCUCUUUGAGUGAAAACCACUGCAGUCUCUUGGAAAAGGAGGACCGUUUAACUCAAACAGUUUAUGUCAUUGUGGACCGUGAUGGGAACAUCUUAGAGUUUCCAACAGAGACCAAGAGCACCAUAACGCGGUCACGUUGCCGACUAACUUAUUCCGAAGCUCAAAAUAUAAUCGAAAGACAGGCGCCUGACAAAGAAAUCUCAGAGGAAGAUUUAAAAUUGCUGACAGACUCGAUACCAUUGCUUCAUUCCCUUGCACAGAAUAUGCGAAACCGUCGUCUUGGAGCUGUCCGUCAUGAUGAUGGCAAGGUUGAUGCUGCUGCACAUGAGCUUAUUGAGGAAAUGAUGAUUCUUGCAAACUGCGCGGUUGGACGUAUUUUAAGUACGAACCAAGAAAUGCGAUGCCGUACCCCUUACGUUUCACAGCUUGGACCCAAGGUACAUAGACUGAAUAAAUGGGCCACAGAUUAUGGCAAGUAUGCAAAAUACCACCCUGUCACGAAAARGCAACUGGAAUGUGAAGACAUCCAGACUGAUGUUCGAGAAAUGCUGUUUUCAGAGGGAUCAGAGGAAAGAAACAUCACGAUUUUUAAAUCAUGUUGGGAUGAAAUGYUCGAAUGUGUURAAAAUGGAGAUUAUACGAUGUUACCGUUCCUAAUCGGCCGCCCAGGUUGUUCUCCUCAACUUCAGAUGGCAAAUCAAUCUUUUAGGCGCAUUCAAUGUCGRUCUGAAUAYAAGUGUGCUAAAGACGACGGAGAUAUUACCCAUCAUGRUCUAGCAGURAGUAAUUAUGUCCAUUUCACAUCACCGAUCAGGCGUUAUGUAGAUAUUGAGAUACAUCGACGUUUGAAAUCAGAAGAAGUAGAGAAUGACAUCGAAGARRUAGAAACGUUCUGUAGAMGAUCCACGUUCAUUAAACAUAACGCGARGAAAUUCSAAAAAGAGUGCAAACGCAUUCAUUUUGCACAUAGUCUGAAGAACCACAAAAAAGGAAUGGAAGUCAUUGUUGACGAAGUCGACAGACAUUCUUUUGUUGUGCAUGCAGUAGACACAGAGCAAGAUCUCUUUUCCCGAAGCAACAACCGAAUCUCCUAUCAGGAGUUGUCAGUUUUYGACGAGCCAAUGGARCCAGAUGCAGUCUCUGGAACAACUUUAACGUGGAGAGUUCGAUUUUAUAUUAGCCCCUCUGAAGAAGAAGGCAGCUCAGAUSGAAAGAUCAACCGGCCUCAAUAUAGGGAAAAGAGAUUAAUGAAAAACCUCUUGCUUUCCGUCGCCCCAGACGACACCAGUGUGCAGCUAGGGUAUCAAGUAAAAGGAACAAAAUGGUUGCGACUAAUCGAAGCUUCUCAAAAGAAGGAAAAUUCCACUGAAAUACAUGAUCUUGUAGAAGAUAUCCGAGAAGAUUUACAAGAUUUACAAAUGAGAAGAGGGGAUGCGAAACAUGGAUCCAGUCUCGCUACAAGUCCAUAUGUUGUUCAAAUGGUCGAUGUCGAACCUUUUGAUGAAGAAGGUCAUUAUUAUACCGUCACUAUGAGUUUGAAGCCAUUUGACAUCAUUCAGGUCCAGUUGUUUUCAAGAUUAUCGCKUUCAGUACUUAUUCCUGACAUCCAGCUAUUCAARAUUUCUUCCAAUUUCGACAUCUGCGUUGAGCAUCGAAGGCUUCCUCGRCWUUGCUUUGCUAAACKUCCUAAGAACYCUGCAUCAGAAGGCGCAAUAUACGAUYCUAYUGARAGAUACAUCCGUUUUUGGAAACCARUACUUGCGAUGGAGAUAGCCACCCAAGCAGUUUCACAAAACGAGGGUUUCAUUCUAAAAUCUCACCUCAUUAAAUGGAGCAAGMRAGAUGACGGGGAAAUUGAAGGAGAAUUCUCUCUGARGRAGUCAUACUGCAUGGCCAGACAACUUGAUUUCAAAUUCGGAGAUUUGGCUUGUGUGAGAAUUCAGAAAGUCCAAGAUGAACCGGCUUUGGUUGAUGUGACAUCUGGUCAAAAUACCAAAAYAGCAGCAUCUGUAGWGAGCACUAARCGAGCAAGRUCGAUUUGGGUCGGCCAUUGUGUUAUUAGAAAAGUGCCGGACCCGAAAGUGAAAUCCCCUGUUAKAAACGUGACGUUAAAUGUUGUUAAUGCKUCGUUUGAAAUGCCAGAACAAUUUCUCGAUGGCAGAGGUCAUGUAUGUGACUUGGAAGUCAUACAAGUUCCUGUUCCUUUGAGACGGAUGAGCAUGGCCCUCACUUCAAAAUUGAAAAAAUCUACUGAGUUGGUACAGACCAUAUGCUGUGGAUGGAAUGUCASAGAAACCAAUUUCAAGAUUCCUCAAGAAGAUCUUUCCCUUGCUAGUCACCACAAACAAUCUGGAUUUCAUCCCUUAAAUCAUAUUCAAAAAGAAGUAGUUCAAAGUGCUCUUAAAAAGUCGUUUUCUUUGAUUCAAGGUCCUCCAGGAACCGGUAAAACAUUCACUGGAGUGCACAUUGCGUACUGGUUUACUAAGCAAAACCUUGAAUUGGAGGAUGAAAAUGAUACAUCAACUGAAGACAAGGAAGCUCCAGAAGACAAAACGGACAAGAAACCUUCCCAAGCUCCUCCCCAAGUUCUGUACUGUGGGCCAUCUAACAAAUCCGUAGAUGUUGUUACAGAGUAUUUGUUACGCAUCCCUGGAAUGAAGGAGAAAAUACUUCGYGUGUAUGGUUCCAUGAUAGCAGAAACAGAGUAUCCUAUUCCUAACAAGGUCAAUCAACUCAAACCACACGUAAGUGACGAUGAGCUGCGAAUCCCAGAAGGUGAACUUAAGGAGGUWUCGUUGCAUCACAUGAUUAGACGCCCACCAUGUCCCUAUGAAUCAGAUAUCAGACAGAUGGAGGUUGAGUUCAAGAGAAAGAAAGAAAGAAAAGAAAGACCAAGCGAUGAAGAGGUUAAAGAGUACUGUAAGUUGAUCAGCACAGCAGAAGAAUGGGUCGUUGAGAAGAUGGGCAAGCAGAUCAUACUUUGUACUUGUUCAAGAUCAGGCAGCAACCUUAUCAUUGAAAAAGCAAACAUCAAGCAAUGCAUUGUGGAUGAAAGUGGGAUGUGCAWGGAACCGGAAGUACUUGUUCCAUUAACGUCAUCCGAAGCUCAACAAAUUGUUCUGAUUGGUGAUCACAAACAACUUCAGCCAAUAGUGGCCGAUAGAGAGGCAUGUAGACUGGGACUAGCUAAAUCAAUGUUUGAACGCUUACACAAGGAAGCCAAGAUGUUGAGAAUUCAAUAUAGGAUGCAUAAAGCAAUUUGUAAAUUCCCAUCCAUACAUUUCUAUGAUGACCAAUUGAUAACUGACAAGACGGUUGAAGCCCGUUCACCAUCGAUUGUUGACUUUUGGCCUGCUCCUCGAAAUGGACCCAUUGUGUUCUGUAACGUAGAAGGAGAGGAAAAAUCUUCUGUGGUGGCAACAGCAGAAAGUGGGGCUGAAUCAAAGUACAACGAAGAAGAGGCAAAUAAAGUAGUUCAAGUGGCUAAAUACCUGGUUAAUAAGCAUGGUAUUAAGAAAACUGAUAUUGUUGUUUUGACACCGUAUCGAGAACAGCGUAAACACAUUGCUSACCAGCUCAAAGGUGCUUACGAUGAAAUCAAAGUGACAACGAUCAUCAAAAGCCAAGGAAGCGAAUGGGACUACGUUAUCAUAUCACUGGUUCGAUCUUUACCCCAUACCGACAUUGACCCCACACCCUCGUCAUCAUGGUUGUCUGAGCAUCUUGGUUUUAUACGAGACGAGCAUCAAAUCAAUGUUGCAUUAACACGUGCAAAGUAUGGUCUUUGUAUUAUCGGAAACAAAAACUUGAUGUCUCUGGACAAAACGUGGUAUCCGCUGCUGCAACACUAUGAAAAACAAGAUUGUAUCGUAAACGAUUACCACUGGCCAGAAACCAGUCAUGAGCGAUACCAAUGGCCAGAAAAAACAGCCAUCGAUGAUGACAGCAGGAGUUUAUGAUCAUGUGCUUAUGGCAAAUCUAUAAAAAAUGACUUAUUAAAUAAUUAUACUUUAUAAUGCACACGCCAAUACGAUUAGGUUUUACAUUAUUCUGAUGUGGCAUCACCUUAACAUCACAUAUGAAAAGAUCCUCAACGUCAUCAGGUCGUUUCAUUCUAUUGCUUAUUAUUUUUAUUAUUUCUCAUUUUUAUUAUUUCUUAUUUAUUUUACACCUAUCACCUUUUGAUUUAAAAUAAAGAUUAGAAAAUCUUGAA